AUGUGGAAGGCGGCGGGAGGAGCGCCACGUUCCCAACGUGGGGGGAAUUCCCCGCCCGCUGCCCUGCGCCAGGGUCCGGGGAGCGCGGAAGCCGAUGGCGCUUUAGCCACGGAUGGCGGGGAGGCUCCGCGACUUGGCCAGGCGGAACCCGGCGGAGAGCAGGAGGCUCGCGGCGGGGCUUAUGGCGCACCGAAUGGCGGAAGAAUGUACGGCGGCGAGGGUUACGGCGCAACUGGCAGAGAGGGGUAUGGCGGAGGCGGCGGGUGUCCGCCUGAGGAGAUUUACGGACGGGCAUACGGGGGACGGGGAGCUGGGAGGUACGGGGGCGGGGAAGUUGGCUGGGGAUACGGCGGAGGGUAUGGGGGAAGCUACGGGGGUGGAUACGGGGGAAGCAUGGAGGCAGGGGACGGGCAUAGAGGAGCAAUGGGAGCGGAAUGGGGAUAUGCAGAAGGAAGUGGAUGGGAGGGGAGGGGGGAAGGGGGAGCUCUUGGGGGCAUCGCGGGGCACGGUGGGGAAGGCAUGGGGGACUCUCUGCGCCGUCGGGGGAAUGGGGAGAUGGGGCAGGCCGAAGGGGAAGGCGGGGAGGCGGAGGAGAAGGGGAAGAAGGGCGGAGUCUGGUGGCGGUUGUUUGGGGGAAGAAAGGGCGGAACGGGGGAGAAAGGCGGGGAUGUGGGGCGAGGCGAACAAGAAAGGUGGGAGGAAGGUGCGGGGGAGGGGGGGGAAGCGCGGCAGCAAUGGGGCGUGGGGGGGUAUGGGGGCUACCCAUUGGGCAUGGGGGAGGAGGUGGGAGGGUGGGGGUAUGGCAUGUAUACGGGGGGAGGAUACGGCACACAUGGGGGAGGAGGUGGUGAGAUGUACGGGGCAGGGGGGUAUGGGGCAGGGGCUUAUGGGGAAGGAGGAUAUGGGGCAGAGGGGUAUGGGGAGGGUACAUAUGGGGAAGUGGAAUGGGCAGGGGCGCAUGAGGCAGGGCAUUACAGCGGCGUUCCAAGGCGGUCAAGCGUGGGGGAUGCAGGAGAGGGAAAUGGGGGCGCAGCAGUGGGCGGGCAGGAGAGGGAGGGCAGUGCGGGCAGCGGAGCGGCGCUUGCAGGGACGGCGAUCGGAGGGGCGGAGACACAGGCGGCGAGGGCAGCAGGGGUGGCAGGGGCAGGCGUGGCAGUGGAGGGCGUGAUGACGACGGGGCUGACGACAGCCGGGUUCAAGGUGCGGCGGCGGGGGCGGCCCGUGGUGCAUGGCAGGGCGUCGGGGUACGACGAGGACGAGGCGUGGAGCCCUGGAGGCGACCGCAGUGGCGCGGCAGGGUGGGGUGUUGAGGAGAGGGCGAGUGUUAAGGGGGGGGACGGGAGUGUGGAGGCGGGGGGAGCAGGGAGUGAGGAAGGGGACGGCGGGGAUGGAGAAAGUGGGGAAUCGGGAGAAGAGAGGAGUGUGGGUUCAGGAGAUGGGGAGGAUGAGGAGGGCAGCAAAGGGGAGGGGAGCAGAGAGGGCAGCGAUGGUGCAUCAGAGGGGGAGGCGAGGGAGGGCGAGAGGGCAGGGGAGUCACGGCAGGAGUGGGAAUGUGAAGCCUCGCCAGGAGCGUGGGGGCAGUACCCCUCUCCCGCGCCUCACCACUACGCACGGCCCCACCCAGCCUUCCAGCACCCCUGGGAGCACCAACGCCCCAACGAUCCCUGGCAGACACAUGGCAGGCAGGCACAGGGGGGACACCCCUCACCUGCAGCGCACGGCUCGCACCCACAUGACCCCUGGCAGCAGCACGGCGCGCACUCACAUGCCGCCCAGGGGGCUUACCCUGCCGCUCACCACCCCCUCCCUGCCGCUGCUGCUGCUGCUGCCACCGCUGUUGCCCCUGCUUCUGGGUCGCACACCCCCCUCACAGGCAGCCCUGGUCCGCCCCCACACGCGAUUCAGCCCCCUCAAGGCACCGCUGCAGGGGCAUGGGGAGGGGCAGGGGUUGGGCCAUGGGGAGGGGGAUGGGGAGGAGCGGCGGGGUGGGGAUGGGGAGGGGCAGGAGGGGAGGGAGGCGUGCAUGCGUUGAGAGGAGGGCCGGGGGGGGGCAGGGGAGGGGCACCUGGCAGUAGAGGGUUGCGGCGGGGAAGACAGGCCGGAGGGGGGAACGAGAAGGAUUCAGGCAGCGACCGGGGCGAGGGAGAGGGGAGAGGCGGAGCAGGGGAGAGGAAGGGCAGGGCGUGCUCUCCGGAGGUAGGAGGCGCCGAGGGGAGGAGGCGGCGAGCAGGCAAGGCAGGGUGGUGGGCGGUGCAGUGGCAGCUGUGGCGGCUGCAGCCCCGGCGCUCCCUGCUGCUGCAGGGCGGCCUUGCAGCCCUGGCGCUGCUGCUGCUCGCUGCCACUCUCGCCUCCCUCACUGCCUUGUGGGCGUGGGGAGGGGGGGAUGGCGGAGGUGGGGAGCAAGGAGAGGGCGGGGGGGGAGUGGGGCUAGGGGAGGUGAGGACGUGGGGAGGGGAGGGGAGAAGGGUGCAAGGGGCAGGGUUGACGCCAGGGAGACGCAGGUGGGGGAGGGGGAGGGGCGAGAGAGGAAAGGGUUUGCCUCGAGUGGCGCUGGGGCGUGCAGCGGGAGCGAGUGAGGCGGGGCGGCGAGGCACGGACGUGUAUGAGGCGAGCAGUGCGGGCAAGCGGAUGGGCGAGUGGGACGAGCAGGCGGGGCUGGAGGUGCAUGUGGGCACGGCGGCACCGCUCCUGCACGGAGAUAGCCUCACCUCCGGGGGGGAGGUGAGUGGGAAGGGCGGGGCAACAGCACAGGGGCCAUCAGGAGCGGGGCGGCAGUGGUACGUGGCGGUGCACGUCGCCCACGCCAUGCAGACGUGGCCUCGCCUCGACUUCUCCGUCUCCGACGCCUUCCAGUGGCUGGAGUUCGCCCGCUACAGCGGCGUGGCGCACGUGUUUUGGUACGACAUGGCGGACGACCCGCGGGAUCGCAUGGAGGCGGCGUUGGAGCGGUACGAGCGGGACGGCUUCAUCACGUACCACCACUUCCCCUCGCUCGCGCCUUCCCUGCCCGCCCACCACGGGGCCAGUCCCCGCGACCAGGCGCUGCACCACUGCCUCACGCACCACGGCAGCUCUGUUGUCUGGCUGCUGCCGCUCACCCCGGUGGACUACCUCUCUGUGCCGCCCGACAUCAAGCCGGGCUUCGCCGACCGCUUCCUGCGUGCCUACGAGGCCCGCCGCCCAUCCGCGUCCCAGCUGCUGCUGCAAACCUUUCUCUUCCUCGGUUUCCCGCAGAACGCCUCUGCUCUCCUCAUCCAGCGAUACCAGCGCCGCACCAACCACUCUGACGGCGUGUCCCUCAGUCCUCAGGCUCGGGUCGUGCCUGUGGUCCGGCCGGACCUGGUGGCUCGGGUGCUGUGGCGCAACCCGAGUCACCUGCUCAUGACAGGUGGCAGCACGAUGGCGCUGCCAGCUGGCGCCAUGCGGGUGAACCGAUUUGCGAGUGCGCUGCAGCAGAUGCCAGGCACAGUAUCCCAUCGCCUCUCGUCAUCAUCUCUUCUCCUCCGACGAGCGAUCGCGGCGAUGGGGGUGGAGAUUCACGUGAAGCAUCUGUCGAACGUCAAGUACUCGCUGGAGGUGGAUCUGACGGCCACGGUGCGCCAGCUCAAGGAGCAGCUCGUCGACAAGUCGGGUAUCGCCGUGCCGCAGCAGCGGUUAAUCUUCAAAGGACGGAUUCUCAAGGAUGACGUCACCCUCGAGAGUUGCGGCAUAGAGGCGGAUUCCACGCUGCACCUCGUCAGGGGCGGCGGGGGAGCAGCAGCGGCGGCGUCCCCCUCAUCCGCGGCGCAGCCAGCCGCCGCGCAACAAGGCACAUCCACCACGCCCUCCGCGAACCCCGCAGCAGCAGCAGGCGCGCCCGCCGCCGGAGGCGCGCAGCGCGUCCCCCCGGACCUGCUGGCGGCGGCGCUGGGCGGAGGCGGGGCCGCGGACCCCCUAGGCCUAGGCGGAAUGGGCGGACUCGGCGGACUGGGCGGACUGGGAGGACUCGGCGGGUUGGGCGGGCUGGGGGGGCUGGGGCUGGACAACGGCGCAGGCGGAGGCCUGCCCGGGCUGGAGCAGUUCCAACAGCAGAUGCUGCAGAACCCCGAGAUGAUCCGCGACAUGAUGAACCUGCCCGCCGUGCGCGCCCUCAUGGACAACCCCGAGGUGAUGCGCUCCAUGCUGGCCGCCAACCCGCAGAUGCAGCAGCUCAUGGAGCGCAACCCCGAGCUGGCUCACGUGCUCAACGACCCCGCCGUGCUGCGGCAGACCAUGGAGGCGGCGCGGAACCCCGAGCUCAUGCGCGAGAUGAUGAGGACGACCGACCGCGCGAUGAGCAACAUUGAGGCGAUGCCGGGCGGGUUCAACAUGCUGCGCAACAUGUACCAUAACGUGCAGGAGCCGCUCAUGGAUGCUGCCACUGGGGGUGGUGGUGUGGGGGGCGGUGCGGGGAGGGGGGCAACGGGGACGGGGGGGAGUGGGGAGACGGGGGCAGGAGGGACGGAGGGGGCUGGUGGGCCGGCGAACACGGCUCCGCUGCCCAACCCGUGGGGUGGUGGAGGUGAGCUUGGGAGCUGUGUGAUGCUGUUGCUGUGUUCUGUCAUGUUCUUUGCUGUGCUAUGCUCUGUGCUGUGCUAUGCUCUGUGCUGUGCUAUGCUCUGUGCUGUGCUAUGCUCUGUGCUGUUGCUGUGCUAUGCUCUGUGCUGUGCUAUGCUCUGUGCUGUGCUAUGCUCUGUGCUGUGCUAUGCUCUGUGCUGUGCUAUGCUCUGUGCUGUGCUAUGCUCUGUGCUGUGCUAUGCUCUGUGCUGUGCUAUGCUCUGUGCUGUGCUAUGCUCUGUGCUGUGCUAUGCUCUGUGCUGUGCUAUGCUCUGUGCUGUGCUAUGCUCUGUGCUGUGCUAUGCUCUGUGCUGUGCUAUGCUCUGUGCUGUUCUAUGCUCUGUGCUGUGCUAUGCUCUGUGCUGUGCUAUGCUCUGUGCUGUGCUAUGCUCUGUGCUGUGCUAUGCUCUGUGCUGUGCUAUGCUCUGUGCUGUGCUAUGCUCUGUGCUGUGCUAUGCUCUGUGCUGUGCUAUGCUCUGUGCUGUGCUAUGCUCUGUGCUGUGCUGUGCUAUGCUCUGUGCUGUGCUAUGCUCUGUGCUGUGCUGUGUUCUGUGCUAUUCUGUGCUGUGCUCUGUGCUGCGCU